AUCUGGCAACCCGGAUAGCUCCCUUCACUCGUGCAGCUGUUCAUCCGCCACUCAACCUCACUCCCACCCUCAACCUCACUCACCCUCACCCUCAUCUCUCCACCGUUUAUUUAUUUCCUCUCUCCAGCUCCACCGCAGUGACUGCUUCAGGACCUCAUUCCGGGCGGGACGGUGACGGCUUCAGGAUUAUUUCCCUCAUUAACACUCCGGGGUGUGUGUGUGUGUGCGCGCUCUGACACAGUUGGGAGUGUUUUGGACAGAAGGUGUGACGGUCGAGUCUCGGUGUGGGCAGUGAGGAGGAGGGAGAGGAGACGCGCUCCCACUCUGAUCCCCUUUUCCCUUUAAUUCCCUUCGUCAGGGUGGUUGUGUGUUCGAUGCCCCGCGCGCGGCGCUCAGGCAGGACAUGAGUUCGGUGUGGAAGAGGCUGCAGAGGGUCGGGAAGAAGGCCACGAGGUUCCAGUUCGUGGCUUCAUAUCAGGAGCUGGCGGUGGAGUGCACAAACAAAUGGCAGCCUGAUAAACUGCGUGUGGUGUGGACCAGGAGGAACAGACGCAUUUGCUCAAAACUCCACAGCUGGCAGCCAGGGAUUAAAAACCCAUACAGAGGCAUGGUGGUGUGGCCCGUCCCCGAGAACGUCGACAUCACUGUCACACUCUUCAAGGAUCCUCAUGCGGAUGAGUUUGAGGACAAAGACUGGACCUUCGUCAUUGAAAACGAGACAGUAAAGGGUCAGCGUAAGGUUUUGGCUUCAGUGGACGUGAACCUGAAGAAGUUUGCGAGUGCGACAGUGACUCAGACGGACCUCACGCUGAAACUGAAGCCGUUAUCAGUGAAGGUGGUUGAAGCCUCGCUGAAGCUCUCGCUCUCCUGCGUCUUUCUGAAGGAGGGAAAAGCCACAGAUGAGGACAUGCAGAGUGUGGCGAGUCUGAUGAGUGUGAAGCCGACAGACAUCGGGAACCUGGAUGACUUUAAUGAGAGCGAUGAAGAGGCAGAUAAAGCAGGUGCUGUUGUUCCCUCACACCCAGUCCUCGUCUCUAUCUCUAACCCCACACUGCAGUCCCGUCCUCCUUUACCUGCUCCCUCCAUUCCAUCUCUCCGCCCAUCACUCUCUCCCUCCACCCACCAGGUGGCUCCGCCCAUUGUACACUCACACAUAGCCUUGCAUACACAUUCUCACACACUUAUACCGGGUCUGUCUCCUCCAGCGCUGCCCAAAAUCUUCCAGCCUUCACCUGGAUCAGUUCCUGCAUCAUUCAACAGGAGAUGUUCUGGGACUGAUGACCUCACUAUAACUCCGCUCAAGACCUCUGACCUGCUUCAGCCACACCCCUUUGAUGCUGCUUCCUCUAAACCUACACGUUCUGUUUUGAGCCAAACUGCUGCUGCUGCUGACCCUGAGAGAGAAACUCCUCAGGUUUCUGUUUUUAAGACCAAACUCGUGCAGGAUCACGUCUCACCAUCUCCUGUCCCCAUCUCCUCACCACAACAUUUGUCUCUGUCUCUCUUUCACACUCUCACACCUUCGUCCAGCUCAGUGCCAGACUCGUCAGAGGCCGAGGCUCAGAGCGGCGAGGCUGUCUCUCAGUCCGUUCCUGCACAUCGAGCUGAUAAACAGAGUCUGGGGUCAGAGUGUGAGCUGAAAGCAAGAAAGUCUUCUGGACUUCCUGUAUCGGAGGAUGUGGUGGACGUUGAGACUCUCCCUCCUCCAUGGCCUUUCUCUGUAUCUGGGUCUGUGUCUCCCUCUCUGUCAUCUGUCCCAGAGAGACAAUUGGGGGGCAUGUGGUGGGCAGAGCGUCCGCCUCUUGCAGAGGAGGAGCCAGACUUUACAGACGAGGACUUUAACACCGUGUGUGUGACGUCUCCACCUCUUAAAGGACUUGCAGGUGGAGAUGAGAAGAAGAAAAGUCCACUUUCUCCAGACAAACUUUCAGCCACUGAGACAGUGUGUGGUAAAGGGGUUCCUGUCCCGACUCCAGUCACGCUCUUCAUCACAGAGGAUCACGAGGAGUCACCUGAACAUGUGGAACCGAAGCAGGAACCUGUGAGUGAAACUGAUCAGAACUGGUCUGAUGAGGACAAAGUGACAAUUACAGACAACAUCAUCAUCUCACUGCUGAGGGCCGAGCGCGAGGAUGAGGAACAGGCGGACCGAGAUCACACUGCUGUGAGGGAUGGCAGCUUCAGUAAAAUCUCUACAAAUCGACUCAAAAUCAUCACUGACCUCCAAAUCACAGAAGCUGAAACACACACCACUGAGGACACACACUCUGCAGAGACACACACUGAGGACACACACUCUGCAGAGACACACACUGAGGACACACACUCUGCAGAGACACACACUGAGGACACACACUCUGCAGAGACACACACUGAGGACACACACUCUGCAGAGACACACACUGAGGACACACAAGCCAUGGACACACAUGUCACAGACACACACACCACAGAAGCAAACAUCACAGACACGCAUGCUCCUGAGCCCCCCGGUGGUCAGAGUGAGACCCCUCUGUGGGCAGCGUUAGAGAGAGGGAGGGGUCAGAGAGACGCGCUGGAUGUCAGCGAGGAGACACUCAGAAACCCCACACGUGGAGACGGAGAGAAUAAUGUGGACAUUUUCACACGAGUGGAGGCAAGAACAGCGGGUGGAGAUAAAACCUCUGACUGUGCCCGAGACGUGCAGGAGCUCAACUCGGGAGAAUUCCAGUCAACAGUACAUAAACUAAAAGCUGUGAUUAUUGAGGAGAAGCUGGAAUGUGAUGCAACAUCUCUGAUACCAUCAGCACCUCCUCCUCCAACAUUAGCAUUAGCUUCUCUGUUAACUGUUAAUGACACAAUGCAAAAUAUUAGCAAUGUGGACAGAACAGAUGCAGAUUCAGAAGUCAUUCAUGAGGGUCCACUGUGGGCGAGUUUGGAGAACAAAGGAACGACGAACUGGAAGGAGGGAAUACGUCCAGGUGAAACGGACACAGAACGGGUGAAUCUGGAGGGAGGCCAUAUUGGAUGGAUGGUUGACAGCAAGAAGCAGGAGGAAAUGGAAAACUUUCUGAACCAACAAGAUGAAGAGAUUAAUCCUAGAAUCGUCGGUUUUAGCACAGAGUCACGGAAGGAGUCGACGGAAAAGCUUGAUGAAGAUGAACCCAUGAGGAAAAUUCAGAAGCCAAAUGAUGGAAAUAAAGUUUCAGAGGAAGAACCAUCACCUCCUGAGGAUCAGGGCUUUGUUUCUGAGAAGGAAGAGACGUGUUCAGACCCUUCAGGCCUCAUGAAAGGGAUAAUUGGUGCUUUCUAUAAAGGUUAUGAGACGGUGACGUCCAUGCUGAUGCAGCCGAAUCCUACAGAAUCUGACAAUCCUGAAGACACAGAAUGUGGCAACCAAGAGUUUGAAAUCCUUCCACCGGAGCCCUUUUGUGAUACAAACCUGAUCAAAGCUACAAAAGAAGUUACAGUGGAACAUUACAAGGCCCCAGUGAUUAAAGAAGGCAUUUCCACUCAAACUUCCUGUGAGGAAGCAAGUCAUGUGACAUUGGGUUCAGAGCUUUCAGGACGGAGCCUUGUGGAUUGCUUGAGGUUGGCUGCCUCAGAGAUAGAAAGAGAAGCAGAGUCUAUAAAAAACAAACCAGAAGCUGAAACAGGCCUCGGUAACAGAAUGGUACGCAAGGUAAAGAUAAGCAAAGAGAAAUCCUCAAGUGUAGGAGGCCAAACCUGGAAAAAUGAACAACAACCUAAAGCAACUGAGAGCUCAGAACUGAUUAUUGAGAAGUCCAGAAAAUCAUCUCCAACUCCAGAAACUAAUACAAGUCCAGAAAAUAAUAAUAAUGCACCGGGUCUUUACUCCACUGAGGAUGUUCCACUUCUAAAAGGAGCCAAUUCUGAUGACAAAGGAAGUGAAGAACACUUAAAGAAUGUUAAUGAGCAACCUGGAGAACUUAAACCAGAUCUCCAGAAGAAGGAGACAUACAUGAGUCCGUUGUUAUUGUCUGAACCUGGAGAGGAGGAGCUGGAGUUUGAAAAGGGGCAAGAGGAUGUAGGGACCGUGUGGCUUGCUGAGCUCUAUAUGGAUGAAGGAGCGACAGAAUCACCAGCAUCGAACGAGAUCAUCAACACAAAGCCUGUAUCAGGGUUACAGAAAACUCAAGCUGAGGAAAAAAAUCCUCCACAAGUUGCAAAAGAUGCAAAACCUCAUGAAACAAGUCAGAAAGGAGCUUCAGUGCAGGAAGUUGAGCAGAAUGUUCCGUCUGGUUCCACAGCUAUUGUUCUACCACAGCACAACACAAAUGAAGGAAGUGGAAGUCAGAAUGAGGAACCGAUGAGGGAAAGUACGAUUCCUCCAUCAGAGUGCAAUAACAAAGUCAACACACAGGCUGAACUCGCUGUACCUCAAGCAUGGAACGAACAUCUCAUUGAAGUCCCAGCAUCAGAUCUCUUAAAGAGCAAAACAGUAACAUAUCAGUCAAGUGAUAUCAAGCCAUCUUUAGAAACAGAUAAGAAAAAGCCAGUUGAAGUCAAAGAACCUUUAGGAACAGGAAAAGAUCAGCCAAAUCAAAUUAAACAAGCCUUAGAUCCAGCCAAAGAUAAACCAGAUCAUGUCAGUAGACCUUUAGGAACAUCUAAGGAUCAGACAGAUGAUGGCAGUAGAUCUUUAGAAAUGGCUAAAGAACUGGGAGAAGGCAUCAAGAGAUCAUUAGAAGCAGAUACAGAACAGCCAGAUGAUGUAAAAGCUAAAGAUCAACAAGGUGAUGCUAACACAUGUUUAAGAACAGCAAAAGAUCAGCAAGAUUAUGUCAAAAGACCAAAAGGACGAGAAAGCACCAGUAAAUUUUUAGGAAGCGUGAAAGAAAAACUAGAGGAUGCUCAACGAUCUUCAGGAAUUGCAAAGGAACAGCCAGAUGAUGAUGGCCAAAAAUCUUUAGGAACAGUGAAAGAAGAGCAAAAGAAGGUCAAAAGAUCUUUAGGAGAUACUAAAAAAACCCCAGAUGAUACUAACGUGUGUUCAUUACGAAACGAUCAGCCAGAUGAUGCCAAAAGAGCAGCUAAAAACCAGGUCGAUGACAUUCAGAGACCUUUAGGAACAGUGAUGGAACAGCCAGAUGUCAGUAGAUCUGUAGGAACAGAGAAAGAACAGUUAGAUGAUGUCAAAGUUGGAUCACAUAAAAACAUUUCUCCAGGUAGCUCAGUGGUACCACAGCCUGUGCUUUCACUUCAGCAUGAAGAAUCACCUGACUCUCUUACUAAAACUACUGAAGAACCUUCUGCUGUGUCCGAGGAGAGUUUCCUGCUGGAGAAGAUUCACCAAAUGGCAGAGGACACUGACACAUCACCAUCGUCUGAUCCGGUUCCGGUUUCUCGGCCCAGGAAGCAUCUUGUCCCUUCCAAGUCUGACUUUGAUCUUCCUCCAACACCUCCACUUCAGGACAGAGUCUGCGCUACAUCACCAGAACAGAAUGAACUUCCUGCUUCAGAGGUCAUUGUGACAAAUGACCUUCGGAUGGCAGUGACCUCUGUAGAACCCACUGUAGAUGCUGCUGAGCUUCACACUGAUGGAACAGAGAUGUGUAAAAGCCAAAACGAGCGGGCCAUGGAGUUAGAGGAUGAGAGAAAAGAGGCAGUAAAUGGAAAAGCUUCCAAUGAAACUUUAGAACAAGAAAAUGUUCCAGCCGACAGAGUUAGCGCUGAGAGCGAGCUUGAUGAGGUUCAGAUAGGAACGUUGAAACCUGCUCCAGUCUCCGAUGAUCUGUGCAAGUUCCUUGGUGAAGAUUCCUCUCAUUUAGGAGCCUCGGGAUCUGUGUUAAAGGUGGAAAGUGAAAGUGCCGUGACGGAGAACGAGGUCCGAACCUCUGCAUGUGAGGAAUCGGUGAAGGCAUCGCCGGCUGUCUUGCCUCACAGCAAGAAGAAAAACAUCCCUCCAGCAGUCACUCUACAGGAAGUCAGACAUGACAUGUCAACACCUGAACAGGUGGUGUCUCCCCUCCCGAGCCCCGCCCUAGUGAGCAGCAGUCAGUCAUUGUUGCAGUGGUGUCAGGAAGUCACCCAGGACUACAGAGGCGUGAAGGUGACGAACUUCAGCACAUCCUGGAGGAACGGCCUGGCCUUCUGCGCCAUCCUGCAUCACUUCCACCCAGACAAGAUUGACUUUGAUGCCCUGGAACCUCAAGAUAUAAAGCUGAAUAACAAGAGGGCUUUUGAUGGGUUCUCAGAGUUGGGGAUCUCCCGGCUGUUGGACCCUUCUGAUCUGGUUCUGCUGUCGGUUCCGGAUCGGCUCAUGGUGAUGACGUACCUGAGUCAGAUCCGAUCGCACUUCUCAGGUCAGAACCUCAGUGUGCUACAGUUAGAGAAGAACAGCAAUGAGUCCAGCUAUGCCAUCUCCCAGCCAGACCAAACCAACAGCGUGGACACACAGGGGGGAGAGGGAGCAACCAACGGGGCUCUGAUCCCCCCACCCCGGACCAAACGAGCAGAAAAGGGGGAUGAGACGAGGAUGGAUGGAGGAGUGCAGACUCCAGUAGCACCACCGCGGCACAAACAGCAGGAGGACAGAGAACACAGUGAGGAGGCGAGUAAAAGUGAGGAGAAACAUCCAGCAGCAGAUGGAAACAUGACGCACACAGAAUCACCUGAAACUGCAGAUGAGGAACCGACGUGUCUGCAGGACACCAGUCAGUAUGUGGUGAAUGAGAUGAAGGCUCUGGAGCUCGAGCAAAAACACAUCGACACCCGAGCAGCAGUGGUAGAGCGCAGACUGAGACGCAUCAUGGAGACAGGCAGUGAUGAGGAGCACGAGGAGAAGCUGAUACAGGAGUGGUUCACACUGGUCAAUAAAAAGAACGCUUUGAUCAGGAGGCAGGACUACCUUGAGAGUCUGCACGAGGAACAGGACUUGGAGAGGAGGUUUGAACUGCUGACCCGAGAGCUCAGAGCCAUGAUGGCUGUUGAAGACUGGCAGAAGAGUGAAGCUCAUCAGCGUCGUGAAGCGCUUCUCCUGCAGGAACUCGUCUCUUUGGUCAAUCAGCGUGAUGAGUUAGUCAGAGACAUGGACACCAAGGAGAGAAGGGCGCUGGAGGAGGACGCUCGGCUGGAGAGAGGUUUAGAGCUCAGACGCCUGAAGUACAGCAACAAGGAGAAUAAAGGAGUCUUCUGGGGUGGCGGAGAGAGAAUGGAGACUGUGGCUGUGGAAUGAACUGCCUGUUGUUUUCUCCGUGACCAUUGUACCCGCUGCUUCCAGAUCUUUCUCAACUUCUUUUCAAGUGGUCUUCAGUUCUUGGGCUUCUCUACUGACUAAUGUGCCGACUGUCCAGUCAGUGAAUCUGAUGAGGCGCUCCUGUGUGUGCCCAGGUGAUGAUUGAGUGAUGUUCCUUUCACUGACAGAUUAAAGGCCAUGAUGGAGCUGGUAGGAACCUGCAUGAGUGGAGAAACCCAUCGGUAUCCGGUGCCACUGCUGUGCCGCUCUACAGUCUGAUAGUGAAGGUCCUGGGAGAGCGCUUUGCUUCGAUGCAUCAUGAGCUGUUUCUUGUGUUACAGCUUGCUGACAGAUGAUUGAUUGUUUUGUUCAGAGGUGCAUCCCUUUCCACAGAGUUGAAGUCUGAACCGACCAACAUGUACGAACCCACGGCCUCAAUCUCGCACAGGGAGGAGAACUAAUCAGUGCAAUGAGCUGGUUUGGUGUUUUUUCUUACUGAGUUCAAUUAUUUUUUUCUCCCUGUAAUUCCACUUGAUUGCACAGAACUUUGGAUUGGAAGAUUAUGGUUUCUUAACCUAUGUAAUUUUUUUUUUUUAUGUCUGGUUUACAUUUCAUGUGAAGAGCCACGUUAGAAACAUGUUUAAUAAAACAACUCUUGAUGUGUUAAAUACUUAUUUCCCCCACUGUGUUAAUAAUAAUAAUAAUAAUAAUAAUAAUAAUAAAUGUAAUUUUGUUUUAUUAUUAUUAUUAUUAUUAUUAUUAUUAUUAUUAUUAUUAUUAUCACACAGCUGCUGAAGCUAAUGUUUGUGAUUAUUUUUCAAGUGUAAAAGUUUUUUUUUAUUGGAUGAGUUCUGUCAGUGAAAUGCAGUUUGUGUUAAAGUUGAUUGAUCAUAAAAACAUUAAUCUUUAUAAAUCUAUUGAAUGUAUUGCUUGAUGCUGUUAUUAAUCACGCAGUGCCUUUCACGUUUGAUACCUUUGACAUUUUACCAAAUACUGAACUGUUUUUGUGUGUUUUGAAUGUAUUUAUAUUUGUAUUUUGUAGUGAUUUGACUAUCAUUUGUUUUCCAUCAGUAUUCCUUUAAUUUAAAGUUUAAGAGAAGAAAUUUAUUUCGUAAUGAUAAUUAUAAAGCAUAUUUGAGUGUGUUGUAAAAUAUUGUUUUAAUAGAUUUCACUGCUGUUUUAUAGAAACAAAAAAAAACAUGUUAAAUAUUAAUUCUACCCUUUAUAUUAUCUUGAUAAAAGUUUUUAUUUUCUGGGUGAUGUGCUCAGAGAGUAAAGCUUGACUCUGAUUGGUUACUCUAAUGACCAAUCAGUGGACUGUCCUUUAAUUAAAGAGGAAGUGAAUCACAUGACCGUGUUAAUGACUGUCCAUUUUUAUCCUGUUUUAAUUAAUAAAGUUUGAUCCUGCUUCAAUAA